AAAGGAAAGAAAGAAAGAAAAAGGAAAACAGUAGAAGCCUUCUUCAAGUUCGUUUUCAGCCUUCGGGAGAUUCCCACUCUCUUCUUAAAACCCUCGCUCUUCUCUUCGGGGGUUCUCUAUACGCAUGGCUUCUUUGGACUCGCAAACGGAGGCGAUUAAGAGAGCCAAGGUGCUCAUGGUUGGCGCCGGCGGGAUUGGUUGCGAGCUCCUCAAAACCCUAGCUCUCUCCGGUUUCCAAGAUAUUCACAUAAUAGACAUGGACACAAUUGAAGUGAGCAAUCUGAACAGGCAAUUUUUAUUCCGUCAAACUCAUGUUGGACAGUCUAAGGCUAAAGUUGCUCGAGAUGCUGUUUUGAAAUUUAGGCCUCACAUUAAUAUAACACCAUACCAUGCAAAUGUCAAGGAUCCUGAGUUUAACGUUGAAUUUUUUAAGCAAUUCAAUGUGGUUUUGAAUGGUCUUGACAACCUAGAUGCGAGGAGACAUGUUAACCGGCUUUGCUUAGCUGCUGAAGUACCUUUGGUUGAAAGUGGAACAACAGGUUUCCUGGGGCAGGUCACCGUCCAUGCAAAGGGUAAAACUGAGUGCUAUGAAUGCCAGCCAAAACCAACUCCUAAGACAUAUCCUGUCUGCACAAUUACAAGCACUCCGUCGAAGUUCGUCCAUUGCAUUGUUUGGGCAAAAGACCUGCUUUUUGCAAAAUUAUUCGGUGAUAAAAACCAGGGCAACGAUCUUAAUGUGCGUUCCAGUGAUGGUGCUGACUCAUCAAAGCACACAGAAGAUGUUUUUGAACGAAAUUUAGAUGAAGAUUCUGAGCAAUAUGCUCGAAAGAUAUAUGACCAUGUAUUCGGGUACAACACUGAAGUAGCAUUAGCUAAUGAAGAAACAUGGAAGAACAGAAAUAGGCCUAGGCCCAUAUAUAUUAGUGAUGUACUUCCUGACAGGAUCACCAAGAAAAAUGCGAAAGUGGAGAAUGGCAGUACUGAGUCAGCAGUUUCUGCUAUGUCAUCUCUUGGCCUUAAGAAUCCUCAGGAUGUUUGGAGUCUUGUGGAAAAUACAAAGAUCUUUCUUGAGGCUUUGAGGUUAUUUAUUGUGAAACGGACUGAGGACAUUGGGAACCUGACUUUUGAUAAAGAUGAUCAAUUGGCUGUCGAGUUUGUAACUGCUGCUGCAAAUAUUAGGGCAUCGUCUUUUGGCAUUCCUUUGCACAGUCUUUUUGAAGCUAAAGGUAUUGCGGGUAACAUUGUCCAUGCUGUUGCUACAACAAAUGCUAUUAUCGCUGGGUUGAUUGUGAUUGAAGCAAUCAAGGUGCUCAGGAACGAUUUUCAUAAUUACAGGAUGACAUACUGUCUUGAGCAUCCAUCAAGAAAGAUGCUUUUGAUGCCAGUGGAACCAUUUGAACCUAACAAGUCUUGCUAUGUGUGUUCUGAGACACCUCUACUUCUGGAGGUAAAUACCUCUACCUCAAAACUAAGGGACUUCGUUGAGAAAAUAGUUAAAAACAAGCUGGGGAUGAGUUCCCCUUUGAUAAUGCAUGGAUCGAAUCUAAUUUUUGAAGUUGGUGAUGAUCUUGAGGAAGAUGUUGCUGCCAAUUAUGCUUUGAACCUGGACAAGGUCUUAGCUGAGCUUCCUACUCCGGUUACUAAUGGGACAAUGCUGAAAACACAGUAUCUCUUUAAUUUUUGUAGAGGAGAAUUUGAUGAGGAGAAAGAACCCGAUGGUAUGUUACUAUCAGGAUGGACUGCACCUGCCGACAAGGAUAGGGUGGUCACAAGUAAUGGAGAGAGCUCCUCAAUUGUUACACAAGAAACAAAGGAAUCAGAUGAAGUUGACAUUGUUUCAGAUAAACAUGGAGUUGUGGGAACAAAGAGAAAACUCUCUGAACUAGCAGAAAAAACUGAGAACCAUGCAAUGGAACCUACUCACUGCAAGCAUAGUGCUCCAAGAAAUGAAGUUCCUGAAGAUGUUGGGGACAAUGACGAAGAGGAUGAUGUUGUCACGCUUGAUGAGAACCCUGAAAUUGGAAGGAGUAAAAGGUUGAAAUGACAGUAACCUUCAGUGAACUGCAGUGAUAUGGGGCCUACUCCAACCUAGUAUUGAGUAUCUACUUGUUCAUUCGUGCUCUUGACUUUGAUGAGUGUGGUACAAUCACUAACACUUGCCUGGGUUACGUUUUGCGUCAUUAUUCAGGUGAACUAGAUGUUAGGUUUUGUUUUUUUUGUAGGCGUGGUAAUUGUAUGGAGAUAGUGUGGCAGGCUACUGAUAUUGAGAAAUCUUUUGCAGUGGAGGAAAUGCUUUGUUUAUAUAUCAUAGGUAGCUGAGCAGUGAAUAUAGGUCUAAAGAACUUUCUCCGAGUACUCUCAGUGGGUUUGGGGGAAGCUUGUAAAACAUUUAGAACUAUGUCCAUGUUCUUUUCAUUGUUCAGAGUAUAAUUGUAAUUUAUGAGUUGGGAUUGGUCACUGACAGAUUGUAGUGACAGCUGAUUAAGUAGUGCAUUCAACAUAACUA